AAACAAAUACAAAAAGGAAAUUCUUGCUUGCCAAUGAAAAACAAAUGCGUUGAAGCUUGUUAACAGUAAAUAAACUGCUCUUAUCUUAGCUAGUAAAUUUAAAAUUUCAGAUCUAGAAUAAAGCAGCCAAUAGGUGCAUCACACUGUCCUAAAAAAGACAAAAAAAAGAAGAGGAAGAAGAAGAAAGAGAAGAUAACAGAAGAUGAGUUCGUUUAGUGGUUCAACAGCCAAGUUUGAAAUGAACGAUGGUGGCAUGAAGAAAAAAUAUACAACAAAAGAGAAGGUGUUCGUCUUAUUGUUUAUCCUCCUGGUUGUGCUGACUAUCGUGUUUUUAGCUCUUUAUGUUAAAACAGACAAGAAACUUGACAAAACUGAGAAAGAUUUAAAAGGGGCUAAUGAAAGAUCUCGCCUUCAAACUACAGCAGGAACCGGGACAGGGACAGUAACUAAAACUGACUCAACAAUUACCCCGACUCAUGGAAUUGGUCCUUUUAAUGACAUAAGAUUACCAAAAUAUGUCAAUCCGAUGCAUUAUGAUGUAGUAUUAAAAGUUGAUAUGAGCUUUGGGGAUGUUGCUGUGACAGCCAAUGUAACAGUCAAUGUUACAAAGCCUACCAAAUACUUUAUCGUUCAUGCUUCGUCAUUUAUUUCGAUUAAUGGUGUUAUCAAGGAUAAAAACAAGAAAGUAGUACCGUUUAAGAAACAGUUUCUGUUUCCAAAAAAUCAUUACUAUGUUACUGAGAUGCAUGAAGAAAUGCCAGUGGGAAUUUACCAAUUGGACUACAAUGCAAGAUACAAGUUGAGAAAAGACUUAAAGGGUUUCUACCGGUCAACUUACAAGGCUAAGGAUGGAAAGGAUAGAUUAGUGGCUGCUACACAGUUUGAGCCAGUAGAUGCAAGAACAGCAUUUCCUUGCUUUGAUGAACCUGCUAUGAAGGCGACCUUUAACAUAACUAUGGAAUACACGACUGGUUAUAUUGCGUUAAGUAACAUGCCAAUUAUAAAGACUACAAAAGUUGAUACGGGUGCAAAAUUACGUACCGUUUUUGAAAAAUCUCCUGUAAUGCCUACCUAUCUACUUGUAUUUGUGAUAUGUGAUUUUGCUAAUAAAACAACAACAACGCAAUCAUCCAACCCAGUGAAGAUGACCUAUUACGCUCCUGCAGAUCAAAUAGAUCAGAUUGAUUAUGCUAUGAAAGUUGGAAAAGAAAUAUUACCAUUUUUCGAACAGUACUACAAAGUACCUUACCCACUUCCUAAAGCUGAUAUGAUUGCGAUUCCAGACUUCGCAGCUGGUGCCAUGGAAAAUUGGGGACUAAUAACAUACCGUGCAAAGGCCUUAUUGUUUGAUAAUUCUGCAUCAUCUAUUUCCAAUAAAAUGUAUAUAGCAAGUGUGGUGUCUCACGAGCUGGCUCAUCAGUGGUUCGGAAAUAUUGUGACAAUGGAAUGGUGGUCUGACUUAUGGCUUAAUGAAGGUUUUGCAUCAUACGUUGAGUAUCUUGGAGUGAAUUAUACUGAAAGUGAUUGGAACGCAUUAGAUUUUCAAGUAAUAACCGACAUGGACCGAGCUUUUUCACUGGAUGCAUUAGUAACAUCACAUCCAAUAUACAUUGAAGUCAAACAUCCAGAUGAAAUUAAUGAAAUUUUUGAUACCAUAUCAUAUGCAAAGGGAGGAUCAAUUCUACGUAUGUUGGAUGAUUUUAUUGGCAAUGAUGUUUUCAGGCAGGGUUUAAGUAUAUAUUUGAAGAAAUAUUCCUACGCUAAUGCAAAAACUAACGAUUUGUGGGAUGCUCUUUCAGAGGCAUCGAAACUCAAUGGCAAAGAUUAUAACGUAUCUGAGAUAAUGAGUACCUGGAUAUUGCAGAUGGGUUUCCCUGUUGUUAAAGUUGAAAAAAGUUCUAGUUCGUAUAAGCUUACACAGAAACGAUUUUUAAUUGAUCCGAAUCCAGAUUUGAGUAAAUCGAAAUUUACAUCACCAUUCAAUUACAAAUGGAUGAUUCCAUUCAAGUACAAAGUUUAUAACAUCAGUGACAUUAAUAAUGUUCAAGUGGGAGAACAAAAGACAGAGAUGAUGCGCAUGGGUGACGGAGCAAUUACCCUUCCUAAUUCAUCACCUGAUCUUGUCAUAAAAGGGAACGUUGGUCAAUAUGGCUUUUACAGAGUGAAUUAUGACCAACAAGGAUGGAAAAAUAUCAAAAAUGUUUUGAUGAAUGAUCAUACGAAAUUUGAUGCAACGGAUAGAGCUGGUAUUUUAUCUGACGCAUUUGCAUUAGCAAGUUCUGGUAAAUUGACUUACGAGACAGCUUUAGACUUGCUCAGUUACAUCGACAAAGAAGAGGAGUAUCUACCAUGGAAAGCUGCAAGUGGUUCAAUUAGUUACAUACCGUCAGUUCUCACACGAACAAAACCUGCUUUAUCGCUCUACAGUAAAUACAUGUUGAAAAAAGUUUCCGCACUUUAUGCGAAGUACAACUUCACCACAAAACUCAACCAAAAGCACAUGGAUAGGUAUCUGCAGGUGUUGAUCGUCAGUCUUGCAUGUGCUAAUGGACAUAAGGGUUGCCUAACUCAGGCUUCCAAACUUUUUAAAGAAUUUAUUGAUAGUAAUGGUACCAAACCAAUUCAUGCAGAUUUUCGAAGUAUGGUUUACUAUUACGGUGUGCUUAACGGCGGAGAAAAAGAAUGGAACUUUCUAUACCAGAGAUACCUUAACAAUAAAAUUGCAACUGAGAAAACUAAACUUAUGUACGGCAUGUCUGCUAUACAAGAACCUUGGAUGGUCAACAGAUAUCUUCAGAUGGGUUUAAACGAGUCAAUAGUCAAGUCGCAAGAUGCUUCGUAUGUUUUCAGUUAUGUUUCCAAUAGCAACAGUAAUGGCAGAUACAUGGCUUGGAACUUCUUAAAAGAGAACUGGUCACAGAUAUCUCAGAGGUUCUCCAAAUCCUUCUUUACAAUGAGGAGAAUAUUUAGCAGUGUAACUUCAGGAUUUACCACACAGUACGAACUCGAUGAGUUGAAAGCCUUUGUUAGCACGAAAAUAACAGACUUGGGAACUGCAAAACGUAUUGUAACUCAAUCAGAAGAGAAGAUUAAAGCCACCAUCGCUUGGUUAAACGCCAACGAAGAAACCAUUGAAAAGUGGUUGGCAAAACAAGUAUAAAAACGUGGUAGGGCGUCGGAUAAAUGGUAGGGCGUUGGAAAUGUUUAAGAGCGUUGGAUAUUGGCAAUUUUCAUGCUUUCUGAUUUAAAUAGAUUCUAUACCCAAGCGUUUUUAAUAUUUUAAAAGAAUUAUGCGAGUCGCUUGGAAAUUUCUAUCAAGAUAAAUUUUGGAAAUUGAAGAACAAAGGGUAUUUUCUAUUGUUUAUUACUUCUAUCUAUAAGUACUGCUUUUUGAAGCAAUAACAGAAAAUGAAACAAGUGGGCGGUAAUUAGCCGGAAAUUGAUUGUGUAUAUUAGGGCGUAUUUUACGACGAAGCUAUAUAUUUUUUUGAGCUAAUUUAGAGUUUUUAUGUUUUGUAUUUUCGUAGAAAUUAAUGUUGCACGUAUCCCUCAUAACCUUCCAUAACCCUUAUUUUUUCGUUGUAUUGACCUGUACCUGUUAAAUAACUGAAAACGCCACUCAGCGCAUUCCCAAAGUUUCAUACCAAAUAGAGGCGAAAAUUGAGAUAUAAUUUUUGUAAUUACCUAAAUCUAGAACACGUGAACCUAAUGUAAUAAUUCUUGUUAAACUUGUAAAGUAGUUUGUAAUUUUUAACGUUGUGAAUAACUUUGUUUUGUGUUUAUGAGGCUUGACAACUUAUUUUUUUUUCUAGAGCCUUUACAUGCAGUUUCAUUUCGGUUGACGAAAUAAAAAUUUCAUCUCGUCUU